AGCGCCGAGCGGCUGAGUCACGGACCAGUCAGUAUUCGGUUGGUGAGAGCCCAGACACGCACCGCGCUCGCGAGCCGCGCCACUCGCUAGUAUCGCUGCGGACGUUGAACGGUUGUAACGUUGCCACGCUGCCGACGCUUUCUCCCCCAGUGUGUUCAAGGCGGAGCGAUUUCGACACAACACGGUUGCGAAAGUCUGCGCGAUGAUAUACAAGUGAGAGCUAACGGACGGAGGGUAACGCUCAUCGCGCACGGUGAGCCAGUUUAUUAGACUAAAAGACAUUCGAAACUCGCAACUGUGAGGGACGGGGGGCGCGCGACGCCGUCGGCUCGUACACGCGGGAGCAACGAAUCCUAACAUAUUACUCUAAAAGAGCAACGGAAACCAAUUUUUAAUGUGUCAAGUCAGUAUAGCUUAUUGCUGCUACGUCAGAUCGCAGAACGCCUCGAGUAGGAACUACAAGGUUAUGCAAAUGAGUUCUGAACGCUUCUAUACCAGGGGUAAUCUAAAGACCAUUCACAACUUUAAUAAACUUUAACGUACGGUUUCGUGCCGUGUACCAUAGUGCUUAUCUAUAUCGUAUCCUAUUCUUUUGUUAUCGUUCGGUGUCACGAUCGCUAAUUGCUAAUUACCUGCGAGAAGUCGUGUGAUAAGGCGCAAGAGUGGUGCUAGUGUUCAACGAGAGCCGAAUAACAGAAACAAAUUCGACAAUGGCUGCCCCCAAAGAGGAAACCCUGCUUGCUCGCUGCGAGAUUCCCAUCAUUGACCUGGCGCAUAUAGGUACGGAAACAUGUCCUAUGAAAUCUGUAGUAAAACGAAUUGGACAACAGUUGUUUGCCGCUCUUAGUACCAAGGGCUUAGCUAUGCUUGUUAACCAUGGCGUUGCUGAGGAGAAGCUGAAAGCGGUAUACGCUGAUCUGGACAACUUUUGUGCCCUCCCAGAGGGCUGUCAGGCGCAGUAUCUCCGCAACCCAGUCAACAAACAUGGCUACGUUCGUCCCGGAACCGAACAAUUCGACAAUACUAAAAAGGAAUUACGUCAUUCGUUCAACAUCACGACCCUGUCGGCUGCAGCGAUGCCUGCGCAGGAGGAAGUCCCGGAGUUUACCAAACAUACCGUUCCAUUGGCUCACGACCUCACCAAUCUUUCUAGAGUCCUUUUGCAAGCCCUGGCUUCAGUCUUCGGGUUACCAACCUCAGCUCUACUGGCCUGUCACUCCGGCAUGCUAAAAAGUGACGGGAACAACCCCUCCUGCAUGCAACUGCUGUACUACCCGCCCGUGCCCCCUGAGGACAAGGGGCCCUGUUGCCAUGACGCUAUCGCCUACACCCGCUGCGGGGCUCAUAGUGAUCGUUGUACUUUCACGCUCGUGGCCCAAGAUUCAGAAGGCGGUCUUGAGGUGAAGUUGAAUGGCAGUGAAAAAUGGCAAGCCGUGGGCCAUCUUCCAGGAGCUAUCCUGGUGCAGACUGGGGAACUUCUCGCUAACUGGACUUCCAAUUUGCUUCCUGCUAUGAUGCACCGUGUGGUAAUACCUGACGGUACGUACGCGCGCGCUCGCGGCCGCCACUGCGUCGCGUUCUUCUGUCACCCCGACGAGGGCGCCACCAUACCGACCCUGGCUAUGGCCCCCACGCCCGCCCCGCCGACCUUCACCCCCCACACGCAUAUCACUCUCCACCAUCGUCUCCUAAACGCGGCCCAUCACAUCCAAAAGCGAUUCAGGGAAACGUACGCGUGACUAGUACGCGGUAGUGGGAAAAACGCGUCCGCGUCGCGCAAAACUUUCGGAUGAUUCACACGUUUUGCAACAGCUGCUUUCGCCGAAAUUGAGUUUGACUUAUUGCGCCCUACAUUUGAAAAUUUGAUGCGAUGUUUCAUUGCAUUUAUAAUAAUCAGCUGUUAGGCUGUUGAGGCUUUUAGCAGGGUUUAUUAUAAGACAUACGUAUAUUGAUAGAUUACAUACGCGAUUCUUCCCACUAUUGAAGUGCUUAAAUGCGUAUAAAGACAAUUGAGUUUAUUUUACGAAAAAUGUAUUUGUGUUACUUUAAGGUACAAUUAAAAGAGCUGUUUUGCAAGAUAUAUAUAUAAUGUACUUCAUAAAGUAUUAUUACGUAUGUACUUACGAUGCUUAUAGUAUUUUUGAAAGUUAAAAAUAGAUAUAAGAUGUGUUUGUUUAUUUUAGUGCCUAUUAUAAUAUGUAUAGAUAUUCAGAGAUUCGUACCGUCUUGUGAAACAGCCUUCUGAAUUUACUACGAAUUAGGUAGCAUUUAUGACUUACUUGCCGAAAAAAAAAUAUUAAGAAUUAUAUUCAUCAUUCCCAAGUACUAUAAGACAUUUAUAUACUGAAUAAAAAUUAUAUAAGAAUUUUGCGUUUAGGGCCUUUUAAUUUUACUGCUAUUUCUUGACAAUAUCAACAUCAUUAAAUCUUACGUAAUUUAGCAAUUAGCGAUGUGAUUACAGUUAGGCAAUUCUAAUUCUAAACUCUAGUAUUGAUUUUUAUCUCUAUAAGUAUAUAAUCACGCCUUCUUGCUUCUGCAUUUUCUAAGUUUAAGAUAUUAUUGAUAUAACUUUACAUAUACUUUAUAAUAUGUAUAUUCUUAAUAUUUAUUAUGCCUACACGACUAAUUAUAUUUUAAUUUAAUCGUGUGAUACAUGUAUUAGCUCAAUUAGUAUAUUACUUACACACAGUACUUAGUAAACAAAAUGUAAUUUGACAACGAAACAUUGAAAACGAUAUUACCAAAACAAUGUACUUAAUUAACGCCCAGACUAAAAACUACGAUGACUAGGAUAAUAAUUACAUGUAACCCUACCUUGCUAAUUUUGAACACUGCCAAAAAA